AACGGAGAGAAGAAAAGUGAUGAUGGUAGUGGCAGCUGUGGCAUUUGCUUUAGUGGUGAUGGUACCACAGGCUGAUGCCACAAGGUUCAUUGUGGGAGCAAAUAUGGGGUGGACUAGCAAUGUGAAUUACACUAUCUGGGCUCAAGGCAAGCACUUUUACAAUGGAGACUGGCUCUUUUUCGUGUACGAUAGAAACCAGAUGAAUGUGCUAGAGGUGAACAAGACAGACUAUGAGUCAUGUAAUUCUGAUCAUCCACUUCAUAACUGGACAACAGGAGCUGGAAGGGAUGUGGUUCCACUAAACGUGACUCGUCACUCUUAUUUCAUUAGUGGCAAAGGGUUCUGCUAUGGCGGCAUGAAGCUAGCUGUUCGUGUCGAGAACCCACCUCCACCUCCCAUAUCGUCUCCUUUAAACGAAAAGAGUGGCUCACCAAGUUCCCUUUACAGAGGCCAGAUUGUUUUACCAGCUGUUUUAGCUAUUGGUGCGCUGUGGUAUGCAUUUGCCCGCGUCUGGUAG